CAUCGCCAUCGAAUCCGCUUUCCGCUCCCUUCUUGAUCCAGCCAGGGACUCCCUCCACUACUCCCCGGUCACAUCAUUUCUUUUGUUCGCCGUCGCUCCUGGAGCUUUGAUUAAUUUUUGAAGUCCGUUCAUCGGCUGUCAACUCCAGUCAUCAUGGCUCAUCGCAUCGUCACUCAAGUCGUUGUCACGGGCGCCCGUGUCUUCGGCAAGGCCUUCGCCGAGGCCUACAAGCAAGCCCAAGCCUCCUCCAAGUACGCCGCGCAGACGGGCAAGAAGGUCGGCGCCAGCAUGUCUUCCGGAUUGACUCUCGACGAGGCCUGCAAGAUUCUCAACGUUAAGCCGCCGCAAAACGGCGAGGCCAACCUGGAGCAAGUGAUGGAGCGUUUCAAGAAGCUGUUCGACCUCAACGAUCCCCAGAAAGGUGGUAGUUUCUACCUGCAAAGCAAGAUUCUUCGGGCCCGGGAAAGGUUAGAGAUGGAGAUCCGACAGGCCGAGCGCAAGGUCGCCGAGGAGAAGGAACUGCGCGAAGGCUGGAAGCCCAAGGUAUAUAAGGACCGGUGAAUGCGUCCCUUUCUGCCUAUAGCACCCAGCUCAACUUCUUCAGGAAUGAUUGAUUGCUCUCGGGCUGCCAUCUGGGAGAUCUUGCGUUUCGAUCGAUUUAAGCUUGGCUCUCACCAACAGGGUCGAAGCAGUUGCGCCGGCCAUUGGAAGCCCCUUUUAACGAUCUCCUCGACCUCCUGUUUUUCUCCCUCUCGGUUUUCGCGGCAUAGCAUGGCGUUUUGGUGAUUCCAACUUGCAGCUUGGAAAGAGUUUAGAUUCCUAUAUUUUAUACGGUGGCUUGCAUCUCGUCAAGGCAGAUGGACUCGGUUUGAGUGAAGGGCAUAUGGCAUAUCGGAUUCCAGGCUGAGUCGACAGACAGCCUGGAGUUGGUUGCGCCUUCUUCGCCGGGCCAUUCUCCGUCCUGACUGAGAGUAUAUGUGUAUAUUAUUCGAAAGACGAAGGGCCUACGAGCCUGCCAGAGCACAAGGAUGAUUCUAUCUUUGUGUUCUUUUCCUUUUCCUGUUCUUAAUGAUCCCUUCUCCCCUCUUGUGUCCUCUUCAGAGGAUUGAUACCUGUACUUUAGUACCCUCCACGAAUUGCGUGGAAGGUCAUGAUUCCGCUGAGAAUUGUGUACAAAUGUUAGCAUUGUCAACGUCAAUCUUGAGAAGUA